AUGUCUACUGAUAGUGCAGACCGGGAUAGUGCAGCCCAGGAUAGUGCAGACCGGGAUAGUGCAGACCGGGAUAGUGCAGACCGGGAUAGUGCAGACCAGGAUAGUGUAGACCGGGAUAGUGCAGACCGGGAUAGUGCAGACCGGGAUAGUGCAGACCGGGAUAGUGCAGCCCAGGAUAGUGCAGACCGUGAUAGUGCAGACCGGGAUAGUGCAGACCGGGAUAGUGCAGCCCAGGAUAGUGCAGACAGUGAUAUUGCAGACAGGGAUAGUGCAGACCGGGAUAGUGCAGACCGGGAUAGUGCAGACCGGGAUAGUACAGACCGGGAUAGUGCAGAUAGGGAUAGUACAGACAGGGAUAGUGCAGACCGAGAUAGUGCAGACCGGGAUAGUGCGGACAGGGAUGCUGUAGCCCGGGGUAAUGUUGCUGAAUAG